CGGCGGUCAGCCCUCAUUCAUGCCAAUAAUGAAAUGCGGGUCCGGCGCGCUAGACGGUAGCUGGGUAACUAACGUUAACUACAUCAGAAAUUGUGAUUUUUUUUAGUGGAGUAGUAUCGGUAACUUAAAUAUCUACAGGUUCGGCGGGUAUUCGGUGUGGUUUGUGUGUAUGUAAGUUAUGUGAUUAGCUGGGUUAGUAAGCAGAGGGCGGCUGUGCUGGGCGUGUUUUACGGUGCUUUAUAUUUAACGUUAGUUAUAACGGGCUUUAGUGCUGGGGCUUGUAACCUAGGACCGAGGUUAGCUAAGAAGGCUAGUUAGCUGAUUAGCUUAUCUUAGCUAAUUCGCUUAGCUGUCAAAUAUACCGUAAACAUGUAUAGUUGGUUCGCUAGCUAAGCUAGCUAGGUUAUGUUUCUGUACACUUCUGUAACGUUAGAUAUGAGAAUCAGCUUUUAAUAGUUUUUGUAUUUUGUUUUUGAAAUAUUUGGCUAGUUAUAAUGUAACGUAGUUAGUUAACGUUACGUUAACUAAGCUAAAUAAGCCGCUGCUUGUGUUGUUGUGGAGAUUAUUAGCGCUAAGGUAGCUAACGCUAGGUUAGCUUUUUAAACUGCCUGGCUAAGUGGCUAGCUAAGUGCCUGGCAACUACCAGUAAACUACAGCCAUGUAGUUAAUUUAAAAUCUGCCGCUAGCUUUAGGUUAGCUCGUUUUCUGUCAGAAUCAGCUGCUGUGUCAGAGUGUCAGGUGUUAAUGCCACGUAGCUGACAGUCAGAGUAAUGCUUGACAGUGGAGAAAAGCUGUCCAGCAGCUUAAUAACGUUAGCUUAACCUACAGUUUCUAGUUUUUAGUUAAAUUAAAGGAGGAAGGGGAAGCGGCGGCUGAGCUAUGCGGACCGCGGCGCUGUAGGUGCUCUGGCCGGGGUUAAUGACUGGAGAGAGGCGCUCGCUGGGUGGAGAAGAUGCGGUGGACCGAGGCGUGGUGGACUGGCUUCAGGUCGCUCGGAUGGACAGCAUUACCCAGACAUUAACUUAACUGAAUAGUGGCAGGAGAGGAUCUGCAUUGCUCUCCCAUGGACAUCUGCGGUAGGAAUCCAAACCGCACGGCUCCGGUCAGCGACGGGCAGCCCAGGCGAGGCGACCUACCACUGUGCUCUCGAACAAACGGUUGGAGCUGGCCUCCGCACCCUUUCCAGCUGCUGGCCUGGCUCCUGUAUCUGUACUUUGCAGUUACAGGCUUUGGAGUGUUUGUGCCUUUGCUGCCUUCCCAUUGGAUCCCUGCAGGCUACAUUUGUACUGGCAUUACUUUUGUCUGCCACCUGUUUGUGCACCUGACCGCAGUCUCCAUCGAUCCUGCCGACUAUAACGUCAGAGCGAAGAGCUACAAGGGCCCGGUUCCUGUGUUUGACCGAAGCAAGCAUGCUCACGUCAUUGAGAACUGCCACUGCUACCUCUGUGAGGUGGACGUUGGGCCUAAGUCCAAACACUGCAGUGCCUGUAAUAAGUGUGUGGCCAGUUUUGAUCAUCACUGUCGAUGGCUGAAUAACUGUGUGGGCAGUAGAAACUACUGGCUUUUUCUAAACAGUGUCAUAUCAGCUCUUGUGGGCGUAUUUUUAGUUGUGAUCAUCGCCAGUUACAUUUUUGUUGAGUUCUUUUUGGAUCCAUCGAAACUUCGAUCAGACAAACACUUUCAGCAAGUGAAGAAUGAAUCUGUGGUGUGGUUUGUGUUCCUGCCGGUGGCUCCAGUGUCUACUGCAGGUCCAGCCAUUCCUGCCCUGGCUGGAGUAACCAUUGCUCUGGGGCUCCUCUCCAGUCUGCUGCUUGGUCAUUUGCUCUGCUUCCACAUUUACCUCAUGUGGAACAGGCUGAGUACAUAUGACUAUAUCAUUCGGCAGAGGCAUCGACAGGAGUCCAGGGACACAAAUAAGGGCCCCUCAGGGAAUGACAUCAGUGUUCCCAAGAUGAAUCUCAUCAAGGAUGUGAGCUACUCAGGCACUCUAGGCUACACCAAUCCUGAGAUGGAGGUGGAGGACCCUAACAACAUGAGCUCACGGGGUGGACCUGAGUUGUUUAGUAACGGCCGGGUCAGAAGCUCACCUGAGAGAAUGGUUGAAGAGGAGCUGCUGCCUCCCAUUUCAACAGAACACAAACCAGCAGCUCGUCCACUCAAACACACACAGAAAAAAAAGAAGAAAGUUCGUAAAGUUCCAGCGGAAGUGGUAAAUGACCGAGCCACUGAAACAAGCUCCAGCAGAGCUAUUGCACACCACUCUGCUGAGGACUCCUCUGUAGCUGCUGCCACUCUGUCCUCUUCCUUAAGCCAGCGCCUCCCAUUCCCAGCGUUCCCUCUGCGGGUGACCCUGCCCCCCCUGGCUCCCGUUCAGGCUGCCGGCCCACCAGCUGAGUACCAUUCUGAUUCCGCAGAGUCUCUGGAGGAGAUUCCUGUAGCGCUGGCACGGCUGGGCACCGCAACCUUGGCAGGGGCUUCUGUGCCCAUCUCCGUCUCUGCUGCUGCCCGUUCCUCCUCCACCCAGCGUGCUUUACCUCCUCCUGCAGCAGCCCAGCCUCUGCCCUCCCCCCAGCCCAGGACCAAGAGGAAGGCCGCAGCUCGGAAGGCAGCGGAGCAACGCUUCGAAAUGGCAUCAUCCCAGAAUCCCUCGGUGUUCGUUAGCCGAGGAAGCGGAGAAGCAGCCAUAUGUCUAGAAGGAGGCAGGACAGAUGAAGGACCGAGUUUUACAGGGAAACGCAAGCACACAAGCAAGAAGAGGAGCGUGGAGGAGCCCAUGCCCAGCUCCAGAGCGAGCACCCCACUGGCAUGAGAACACUAAACCCCCAAACCAGGCCUCUUCUGACGAAGACUUCAGUAAGCUUAGCUUACCUGAGUGCUCUGGAGCUUCAAAAACUGACUAGCUGACAAGCUGCUUCUGGACAGUAAGAAUCCACUAUAAUCCAAGAUGUAGCACCGAAAGCCUCAGAUAACCUAUGCAAACACCACUGAAUGUAGGCAUUAGAACAUAGGGGGGGGGGGGGUGUUUUUGAGAAAUUUGCAAUUCAGAUAUUUACGGCCCAGAACCAGAAAAAGGUGGGACAUUAACAAAAUGCAAGAGCUUUUUUUUGGAUAUUUAUUUAGAUUUUUUUUUCAUUGCGGGCAGUGUGAAAUAUUAUACAGCUCAGAAAAAAAUAAGGGAUCACUUAAAAAUUAUGACUUUCUUUGAUUUUACCAAAUUAAAACCAUCUGUAAAAUCAUCAAAAGGAAGCUGGAUGAUCACAAGCCAUCAAACCAAGCUAAACUUUGGCACUAGGAGUAAAGGCAUAAAGUUAUCCAAAAGCAGUGUGUAAGACUGGUGGAGGAGAACAUGCCAAGAUGCAGUAAAACGAGGGUUAUUCCACCAAAUAUUGAUUUCUGAACUAUUAAAAGUUUAGGAAUAUGAACUUGUUUUCUUUGCAUUACUUUUUUGUUAUUGCAGUCAUUUUUCAUUUUCUGCAAAUACAAGCUCUAAGUGACAAUAUUUUUAUUUGGAAUUUGGGAGAAAUAUUGUCCGUAGUAUAUUUUAGAAUAAAACAACAAUUCGAAAAGAAUUGUUCAAAAACAACUCAAACAUAUACCUAGAAAAAGCAAAAUCAGAGAAACUGAUUCAGAAACUGAAGUGAUCUCAUUUUUUUUCUAAAGCUAUAUUUUAUGUUUUAUGUCUAGUAAACUGCAUUUAAUUUGUUAAAUUGUUAAAUCAAUUCCUGCAAUUCAAGCACUUGGGUUUGUGUGAUUUAACACUUUGCAAGAUGUUUUGAUACAGAGGGUAUGAAGUGCUUUGUUUUUCAUUCAUUCUUCCUGCAAACAGUGUGGUCCUCUUCUUCUGUAGUCCAGAGCUCACAGCUGGAGACUAAAAAUUAGGCAUUUUUUGUUCAUCUUUACUCAUAAAUUGUCUGAAAUGCAGGAAUUGAUGUUUAUUAUCAAAUGAUUUGCAUUUUCCAAACCGUCCCAACCUUUUCUGUUCUGGGGUUGUAACAUUUUCAUUUAUUGCAGUACAUUUAACUCUAACACAUCAUCUGUAGCAUUGCACAAUUCCUUUUUGAAUGAUUUUAUUUUUUAUUUAUCAGCAACUAUUUAUUCAUAUUGAAUGCCGAAGCUCAUAUAUAUAUCGUGUACAGUCUUUACCAGACAAACAUUUGUUGACUAUUGCUUUAUAAGUAAGUCCAGUGUUUAUUUUUCAGCAUCAUGUAUGUACACACCACUACCAAACGCUAUAUGUUUAAUUAAUCUGCUUCAUCCACGUAAGGUUUUGUCAUUCUGCUCUCUUUUUAAGAUUUUGUUAUUGGUGUAAAAGUUGAAUUAUGUUUAAAUUGCUUUGAUACAGAGCCAGGUUCCAUAAAUCAUGGCACCGGUGGCAGUGGAAUCUGCUGUAGGCCUCAAAGUACAGGCAGUGCACUACAUCUUGUCCUGCUAGUGAUGUUUUUUAAAGAGCAACACCAGCUGUGUGUUUUUUUUUUUUAAAGCCCUACCUCUUUCCCAUGCUUCUUUUGGGUUUUGGAGGAAUGGCUGUUAAUCGUAACAUGUGAACUAGUCACAGGUGAGUCAUUUUAACAGAAAGACGCUAUCUAAACAGCUUAACUUUAGCUGUCUAAGGCCUCCAGGAUUGCUCCAGUUAGCUACUACUGCUGAUGUUAGCUUGGCGUUCCUCAGCCCAGGUUUUCGAUCCAUACUGCUCUGCACCUUAAAACACCCAUAUCACCUCAGUAAAGGGCUGUUAAUGACCAUAUUAACGUUAGCCACAUUAUACAGCCACAGCCAGCAGGCUUGCCUGCUUAUAUUUUACCUUGUAUCUCUCCGCUGUUCACAUAUAAUCAUUGCUAUUUUUUUAUGUAUAUAAAAAUUUAUAAAUUAUAGCUCUUUUCUUUAGAAGAAGCUGACUAGCUAGCUUGCUAAAUGUCCCAUUCCACCUUAAAAUUGGUGCAGCAAUUGCAUUCUGGCACUUAAGUCUUCUGCAUUUAGGGAGAAAUGGGCAAUAGUCACAUUCCAGGAAAAGCAGUGGAGUGUUCUAUGGUUUUUGCAAUGUGCAGAACAUGAACAGAAUCAUGAAACUGAGGCUAUAUAAUAAAAUAAUAACAACAAAUAAUUAUUAUAUUAUAUAUUAUAUAAAAUUAUUAUAUAAUAAAAUAAUCACAACAAAUAAAUAAAAAUGAUAGGGCCCUGGCCAUGUCACAUUAGUCAAAUUAAACCUUAUAUAUCAUGCCACAACUUGCUUAAUCCAAAAGGAAAUUUCAGCAACGUUUAAUUUUUGCAGAUAAUAUAUGAUUAUUCCAACCUUUUGAUACACAGUGUGCAAAAAAUAAAUAAAAAUCUGUUUAACAUCAAAGUAUCUAUCCCCGAAAAACAAAAUGUCACAAUGUUGUUGUUCCCCCCCCCCCCCCCCCCCCCCAAUAUCAUGUGGCAAACACUAUCCUUACAUGACUCGCUGGCAAGCAAACAAUUAUUGUGUUUUUUUU